GCAAGUCUUCCAUAUCUCUCGAAUCCCUCUCCCCUGACUCUUAGCCUAAAGAAAGGUCUCCACUUGAAACGUCACCCAUUCCUUCUCUCCAGAGAUGCUACCUGACCCGCAGAGUUACUGCAGCAUUUUGUGUCGAUCUUAAGUGGGACCAGUGUGGAUGGGGCAUGUUGGUCAAUGUGGACAAGUAGGGCCGAAGGGCCAGUAUCCACGCUGUAUGACUCGAUGACCGACGCAGACCAGCAAAGGAAUGCAGCGCUGAAAGGGUUAAUGUUUUGCAAAACGCUGAUCUGGUUGCAAUCCUCGGGAGCCGGUGGAAGGGAAGGCGGUGCAGUGGGACCCGGGCUGUUAAUGCAGAGAGGGGACGCGGUGUGUCUGGAUAUAGAUACCAGGGGCAACUGUGGAUGGAAGAGGCGACGCCACUUCUUGGGAGGCAGCAAUGCUAGGCAAAGAUUACAUGCUCGCUAUCAUCAUUGUCAACUGCGACGACAACUUGUGGAAUGACCCGUCACUGGAGACGGACCCCGAGCUGCCCCCGGGGUGGAGAACUAUCCGUGACUCGAGCGGUACUUACUACUGGCACGUGUCAACGGGCGCUACUCAAUGGCAUCACCCGGCUGGCUCCCCGGAGCUUGGUGUGGACGCUGGCAAACUACCGUCGGCCGUGGUGCCUGCCCCGGGCCACAAGUCGCAGGUAACUGUCUCUGGCCCGGCUGCCGUUAAUCAUCCCUGCAGAGGUGGGACGUUCGAGAGCAAAAUGCCGGCUUCUUCGUCAAUAAACCUAAGGGACCCGCUUCUUUGGCAAGACGGCAGGCUGGAGCAUCGGAGGAAGCUCGAGUCCAAGUGCUUUGCCGUGCGGUCGCUGGGCUGGGUGGAGAUCCCGGAGGAGGAUCUGGCUCCGGGGAAGAGCAGCAUCGCGGUGAACAACUGUAUCCAGCAGCUGUCCAGCAGCAAGUCCGCAGGUCGCCGCUCAGCCUCCACCUGGGAGGAGGGUCAGGACAUGGUGCUGGUUCUCAGGAAGGAUACCCUGAGCCUGGUGGACCCCAUUGACCACAGUCUGAUCCACUCCCAGCCCAUCAUCAAUAUCCGUGUGUGGGGCGUUGGUUGUACCCACGGCAGAGAUUUUGCCUACGUUGCGAGCGACAAGGACACGUGCAUGUUGAAGUGUCACGUCUUUCACUGUGACACCCCAGCCAAGGCCAUUGCAUCCGCCCUGCAUCAGAUAAGCGCCCAGAUCAUGGUGGAGCGUGCAAUGAGGAGUGACUCCACGAUCACCCCGGGACCAGAUGAAGACGGCCACCAGGUUGACUUGACUCGACAAGUGGACCUCCUGCACUCGGUGACACAGAGAACACAGAGGUUCCGUGUACAAUACAUCGGCUGCCUGCCCGUGGGGAAAUCGAUAGGGAUGAAACAGGUGAACGAGGUGAUCAGGAGUCUUCUGGGGAGCUCGGAACAAGAGGCGUGGCCAUCUGUAUUUCUCGGACUGACGGACACCACUCUCUCCAUCUGCAAGGGAGAGGACGGUGAGGAGCCGUGGUGGGAAUGCCCAGUACGGUAUCUGACCUUCCUGGGAGUGGGCAAGGACCCACACACGGUGGGUGUGAUCGUGGACAUCGGACGGCAACGCUUCAAGUGCCACGUCUUCUGGUGCGAGCCAGACGCUGGCUGCGUCUCGGAGGCCGUCCAGACGGCGUGUAUGCUGCAGUACCAAAGGUGCCUGGUGACUUCCAGCCCACGGCAAGGCCCCAGGAGGGGUUUGGAGGGGCCGCCCCCCGUUGGGGGUCUGAGGAAGCACGGACGCCCCCUGUCCGCCGGCCCCCCCGAGUCCCCACCUCCGGCCCCAAAACUCUCGGGGGGCAGCGGCCUGAAGCGGGGGGUCCUAGCGCUCAUCGACUCGCUGCAGCACAAACCCUCUGCUCUGCAGAUGCCCUAGUGUGUGGCAGGGGAAGAGGGCGCGG